UACACACCCACCGUGCAAGGCUCUGUUUUUGGUGUUACUAAUCAACGUCUCUCCGAGUGGCGCAGCAAUUUUGGCUCCACCGCAAUUGCCAUCAUCAUCGAUUUUAUGGCUCGCAAUGAUGACACUAGCCCCGGCGAGCUCGCUGAGUACCUCCUUUCAGAUUAUGCGUUUCUUUAUGAAGAUCCCGAGGUUAUUGACAAGACGAAGACGUUCCAGUCCCCAUUUAUGCUCCAGCUCAUAGCCACUGGCCACUUCCAUGCAACAUCCGGUCAUGCUGAUGUUCCAGCACUCAACACUGACGCUCUGGUCGUGAACGGGAUUGACGGCGUGAUUGGGAUGUGUGCAGCUGCAUUGGAACGCGCCCUGAGGCUCAUCAACGACAACAUCAUUAAAGUCGAGGAUGUACUUGCAGCUCCCCCGGCGCUGCGCAAGCUCAUGCUCAAAACACCAAAGAUGCUCAAUAAGGCCACUGGAAAGGAGACCUGGACUGCCUGCGCGUUCUCGGUCAAUAAUUGGGGCUCAGCAACAAACUCAUUCUCAAAGUCGGCUCGUACGAAGGGGAAAACCCUUACGAAGGACAUCACCUCAAUGGCCCAGAAGCUUCUCAAGAAAUCAAACUCUAGACUCAAUGACUUCUUUUCCAACAGCGACUCUGAAGAAUUUGACGAGCGUGCUUUGGUUUAGUAUCGGGCCAAGUCCGAGUCUGCGCAGGUCUUCUUCAUCAUUUUUGCGUAAUCGUCUGCUUGUGCUUGCCUUUCUGUCUGCUUGUGCUUCCCUUUCCGUCGCUGUUCACGCAUUGAUCGCUACUUUCCGCAUAUUUCUAAUUCGCUUUUUUGCCCUUGUUUUUGCAUUGAUAUCUCUUUCCGCGUCUUUGUGACCUUUUGGACUCUCGCUUUCUACCACUUAAUGCCAUCUUCCAUACACAAUAUGAUGCACUUUUCUCACUUAAAAGA